AAGCAAACGGCCAAGACCACCCACUGCACCACCCACCACCACCAACUGGCUUGUUGCUUGUUGUCAGUGCCUUGUCCUUGUCCUUGCUGCUGUGUUGUGCUGAGUGGAACGAUGAGAGAAGGGUGGAUUCCUUCUUCCUUCGCUCUGUCCCAAGCUGGAGGACAGGGAGGGGAGUUGGCGCCUUCGAGCUUGGUGCGCUUCUUCCAUUCGUGGCUGCACUUGAAGUCCGACUUUGCGCCCGUCGACGUACCCACGCAAGGCGCGUUCAACCCGCAGAAUGAGGAGUACUACACGUCGCUGGUGAUCAUCGCGGGCAUCUUCCUCGCCGCAAGCGUCCUGGGCAUCAUUGCCGUGCUCAUUGUGCUGUGUUGCAACUGCAGUCGGCGGUGGGACCGCACCAACUCGUACUACACACAGCUGCGCAGGUUUCGCAAGCUCAAAAUCGCCGCCGUCACCCUCGGCAUCUCUGCCAUUCUAUUGAUGGUGGCGUGCAUCUAUGCAAACGUGGAGACCACGGAUGCCGUGACAGACACCAUUUCACACGUCGAGCGCCUGGACAACAAGUACAACAAGGCGCUGACCUCCGUCUCAAACCUUGGUUCUGACGCCACGGACCCGCUCAACAUGGCACAACGCCUGCAGCGUGACCUGGCAAGUGCGCCACAGGACGUGCAACGAGCACUCCAGGACAUUGUGUCCGGCACACAGACGUUUCAGUCUUCCCUCUCUUCGGUCGUGCGAUCCGCACCCACUUUCGAGUUUGACUCGUUCUAUUCGGAUGCGCGGACAUACAACCACUACCGCUCUAUUGCCGAGUUUGGCCUCGUCGCCUUUGCUGUUUUUGCGCUCAUUCUCUUGCUGGUGGCCCUGGCCUGCCGCAGCUACUGUCAACUCAUCACAUCCAUCAUCAUCAGUGCCAUCUGUCUCGUCAUCCUCUCUGCCGUUGUUGGUAUUGAGAGCGCGGCCGCCGUUGGCGUUUCCGACGUGUGCAUGAAGCCCACCACCUUCCUCAUCCACCAGUUUGCGGAGGACGAUGCGUAUGUGUCGUAUUAUCUGUUCUGCAACACCACCAGUCCGUUUCAGCCAGACAUCAACCAGGCCCAGAGCGAGGCGCAGGAGGGGGUGUUGGCGGCACAGCUGGUGGUGAACUACACGCGUGAGAACGCACCACAGUUUCAAUCCGCGGCAAUCGCUCUGCAACAAGGGCUUAACGACCUACAACAGCAGCUGCCAAAGGUGGCGGCAAGCGUCGACUGCGCCACGUUUUGGCCGACUUACAAGCGCGUGAUUGACGGCGUGUGCAACCCCAUGACCACCAACCUGGCCAUCCUCUCCGCCUCACGGCUGGCCGGGUGCAUCCUGUUCCUGGUCGUGCUUGUGCUCGUGUCGUACGCGUCACUGCACUUUGGUCUUCCGUCGGUGCGCGACCCCGAGGAGGCAGGCGGCCUCAUCUCCGACGAAAACAACGUGCAGCCGCUCCUCUUCUUCCACCAGGUGCAGUACAGGUCAACCAGCACCGAUGACAACAACAGCAGCAGCAGCACGCGCACACGCCGUCGCAACAACGACAACAGCAACAACAACACUACUGGUGGUGGUGAGGGUGGUGGUCCCUCUGCUCCACCGAUUGAGGUGGAUGGUGGUGACGGCAACGACGACGAUGAUGACGAGGACCUUCUGUGCAAGAUUUGCGUGGCAAGGCCCGUGAACAUCCGCCUCAACUGCGGCCACUGCAUCUGUUCGCAGUGUGUGGAGGAAAUCUCCGACACGUGCCCGUGGUGCCGUGACGUCAUUACCUCACGCGACCGUCUCAUCUUCCCGUAGCCCAACUGGCAAACAAACAAAAGCAGCAACAUGUCGUGCCACUGCACGUACUGUGGUGGCGAUGACGCUGCGUGCUGCUGUUUCGAUGCUGGUGUUGUGAUGCCACUGUGGGACUGAUGUGAUGAUGCCAGUGAGACGCCCUUGUGGCACCAAUGGGAUGGUGUCCUCACCUGAGGUCUGAAUUGCAUCACCGCCACCGCUUGCACCCUUCUCCUUGCUUGGUUACAUCUGUGCAUUAGUUAUUGCUGUUUACUUUAUGGGGUGAAUUCAGGUGCUGUUGAAGUGUUACACAGUGCAACACACCCACCCUGCCAUCAUGCGUGCUUGGCCUUGAAUCCCUCCCUUUCUCUCUUGUCUGUCUGUGUGUUCUGCUUCUGUUUCGCUUGUGUGCUCAACGCGAAUGACCCGUGCCGCGUUCGCCUGUUAUUGUUCAAUUUGGAUAUGGAAGCCUGAUUCAAAAUGGAACACUCCUCGAAGACC